AUGAGGAGUUUAAUCCCUCUGUGUGUGCUGCUGCUAGUAAAUGCUGCAGACUCCGCUGACCCCUGCAAUAGCUACAAUACCCUGGACAACUACUGGAGAAAUAUACGCAAAAACUACACAGGACAUGACGACACCCUUGCAAAAUGGAGAGGCUGGUAUCGACUGUUUCUUAAUGGAAAAAGUGCUCAAAUGUCUGAGUGGUGUGUCAGUAACAUCACAUGUGGUGGUGUUACUCCACUGCUGCUCAGUGAAUCACAUCCGCAGGUUGCAGACGGAAUUGUAACUCGUGAAGUAAUUGGAUCUCAAAUCUCCACAUGCAGUUCCUACAAAUCCAAAAAAAUUAAAGUCAAGGCUUGCCCAGGAAAUUAUUACGUCUAUAAACUUGUUAAGCCAGCUGUAUCAAUCCCUGGUCCUUCAUACUGUGCAGUUUUCUUCAGGAACUCCAUCGUAGAUCCCUGUCAGAAAUAUACUGCCCUGCAUGAUCCUUGGAGAAGCACCACCUCCAUCACUUCUACAAAUUGUGAUAAGCAUAUAAACUGGGUGGGCUGGUAUCGGCUUUUCUCUCAGGGACAAAGCACCAAGAUGCCAGAAACCUGUGUCAGUCCAAACAGGUGUGGCACCAACAUCCCACUUUGGCUCAGUGGCUCUCACCCAAACCUGCAAGAUGGAGUGGUGGUCCGGCAAAUCUGUGGAAGCUAUGGCAGUGAUUGCUGCUUUUACAAAUCACUACCAAUUCAAGUGAAAGCCUGCCCGGGAAAUUACUACGUGUACAAGUUUGUCAAACCAAAAUUCUGCAAUGCAGCCUAUUGUACAGACGACAGCACCGAAACAACAACUGAUGUUCCCACAAGUACAACUUCCACCACUAUAUCAACUGAUGUUCCUACAACUGAUUACGUUGAUCACUGCAAGGGGCUGACCUGCACUGUGAAUGAGAAGUGUGGAAAGAGAAACAAGAUCUAUGGCUGCCUCUGUAAUGAGAAUCAGAACAGAUCAAAUCCUGACAUCUAUGACGCUAGGAAGACCUGUGAGAGCAGCUCGGGCACCGUGUCUCUGUCUCGCUGUCAGCUCUUUGAAGACGGCUUCUCUGCAGGCAAGCUCCACCUCAAUGACCCCAGCUGCAGAGGAACCAUUAAGAAUGGCAGAGUGGAGUUCUUUUUUGAUAGUGAUGACCACAUCUGUGGGACGAACCUUCGGGCCAACGGCACCCAUUUGAUAUAUGAGAACUUUAUCCAGGUGGACUCAACAGCUGGGACUAUUCUCAGAGAAAAACGGCUCAACCUGUCCUUCUCUUGUGUCUAUUCACUUACCAAGAAUGUCUCCAUGAACAUUAAAGCUAUAAUGAGCAUUAUACACAAGCAACUUCCUCCUGGCCAGGGAAUGUACCGGGUCAAGAUGAUUCCCUAUCAGGACUCUGGCUUUUCCCAACCUCUCCAAGGCAAAGUGAUUGUGAAAGUGAACCAACCACUCUAUGUGAGCGUGGAAGCAGAGGGAGUGGACAGCCGCCAGAUUGCCCUGCUGCUAGACUCAUGCUGGGCGACACCUGUCAAUGACCCCGACUACUAUCUCCACUGGGAUCUUAUUAUUAGAGGGUGCCCCAAUCCAAAAGACGGAACUGUCCAAAUAGUUCAGAAUGGCAUCUCCACCUCCAGUCGUUUCGCUUUCAGGAUGUUUAACUUUAAGGACGCCUCCGAAGUCUUCUUUCACUGCAACAUUCACCUCUGCCUCUUGCAGAGCAACAACUGCACAGCACAGUGUAAGUCUGGAUUCCACAGGAGAACUCGGAGCGUGGACUUCCAUGACAGUGCCUCCAUCUCUGUAGGGCCCAUUAACUCUAUCAGGGACACAGUGUCACCAUCACUGUUCUAUCCAUUUGGUUCGGGGGCAGGAGAUGCUGUUAAUCCCAGCAUUGAUGAUGGAAGCUCAUCUGCUGUAAACCUACAGAGUCCAUUCUCUUUCUUUGGCCGUUUAUACUCUCAGAUAUAUGUUAACAACAAUGGACACUUGACAUUUGAUCAGCCAUUGGUCAGCUUUACACCUGUUCAGUUCAAUAUUUAUAGAAGAGAUAUCAUCGCUCCAUUCUGGACUGAUAUUGAUAAUCGUGGAACCGGCAUUAUCUCAUAUAAUCAGUACACCAGUGGCAGUGUCCUUUCACAGGCCACACGGGACAUAAACCAGUACUUUCCAGGAGUGAACUUCACUGCCUCAUGGGUCUUUGUUGCAACAUGGGAUAAAGUGGCGUACCUCAGCAGCCCAGGCACGGCUGGAUAUGGCACCAUCUCCUCAGAUGGCUUUGAAAUUCUUUGGUCUAACAGCACCGUCCAGGCCAAUGUUCCAAAUCUCAUUAACACGAGCAAUGUGGGCGUACCAGGGUGCUGGGCUUUCAGAGUAAACCAAGGAUCUGCCAGCACUGCAGAAGGCAUCUUUAAGCAGACCGUCAUUGAGGCAAAACCCCCAUCUACCAGCCAGGAGAUCAAGUGUGGCUGUCGACGAGGAGCUUCAGAGGCAUGGAGGGGAGCCAUCCCAGGCUUCUUGGCGGGGGGCACUGUCACCGGCUCUGAGACCUCCAUGGACUCCAUCUCCCAGAAUCCUCUGGGAGAUCAUGUGACUCCUGACCCUCCAACGCGCUCCAAUCACCGUUCUGCCUCUCCUGAAUACUAA